AUGUUCAGUUGUUUGAUCCUAUUGCGUCGAAGUUAUCCGAAUGUAUACAAACUACUUCGAAAGUAUCUCGAAAAAACAACAGCUGCACAUUGUGUCCACGGUGCCUUUCAAUUAUCAACACUGGCCAAAGAACGUAACUAUGCGCAGAACGGCGUCAAUGGUAUCAAAAUUUGGGAAGAUUAUAAACAGGGCAGUAUCGAAUACUUUCAAACUAUAAAUAGCGAUAGCCGUUUGAGAAAAACACGUGAAGUUUUAGCUGAUCAUAUCCAUAGCCAUGUAUAUGUUAUGGAUUACCGUCCUUCCAAGAAUGCAUUUCACGCGAAACCCAUAUUGAAAGUUUUCUAUCGCAAUCAACAAAAACUAAAGGAAUUUGAUGAGCUUUGCGGGAAAGAUUUUGCCAAAGCUGAACGAAAUAUCAGUGCAUCGACGAAGGAGUUUACAUGGGAAGUUAUUUGUGGUGAAACGAAAAUGUAUGCCGACGACGAACAUCGACGUUAUGGAGAUUCAACAAGACUCGAACCGAUUGUUGAACAACAAGAUGAUGAGAUGAUUACAACUCCGACGAGCAUUUCUAGUCUUGUUACUGAUCAUUUCGAUGAGGAACGACGAGUUCAGGAAGAAAUUCGUCAAUUUGAAGAACUGGAGAAAGAGCUCGUUUCGAAUCGACGUGGCAUUCGGGUUAAAUUUGAUGAGAACGAUCUGUAUCAUCCGUCUCCGCAGACGACAGUUGUUAGAACAGAACCAUGUUUUCAAGUGAAUUCGUGUGAAGAUCAAGUCACCAAACAUUUCUAUGCGAAUGAAUAUCAACUGAAAAUAAAUGAAAAGACAACUCAAUCAAAAACACCAAGUGAACCCGAUAGUCUCGAUGAUGAGUGUCUAAUGUCAUUUGAAGAGCCAACUCCUCAAGUUAUUGAUCGAAAUACUUCUUCACCAACAAAAUCUAUUCUUAAGAAGUCUUCAGCAAAAGAUCAAUUAUCAGUUCCUGACUCGAAUGUCUCUUCUCGAUCUCGUUCACCAUCACCUACUUCGUCGUCUUCUUCUCUGAAGAAGACAUUAAAAUUCUCAACACCAUCUCAAUCUAAUCAAGUUCAACAUCUUGCUGGUGUGACAGCUAAACAAUCAUCUUGCCAGUCUCCUCCAUCUUGUCGAUCAUUAUUUGAACCAACGAUCAAUAUAUUCGAUUCGUGUAACGACAAUACUCGUCGUCCAUCUCGACUUCGAUAUUAUAUCAAACCAUAUCGAGGAGAUACUUAUAUUCGUCCGAACAUAACUAAACCACAAUCUCGAUCAUUAUCGGAACAACGAUUCUCUUAUUACCCUGAACCUACCGUUUGGUAUACCUUUGCAAAUCAAUACAGUCGACCGCUGAAUCGAAGACAACAUGUUUCAUGGUCACCGGUUCGGGAAUACAUUCAUCAGGGAAGAGACAAACUUGGGAAAGUUCCAACGAAAAAAAAAGAGGUAUUUCUAUCUCCUUUAUCAAAUCGUUCUUCAAGUAACCCGUGCCUACGGAGUUCUUUAACUUCUAUGAUACCCAUCUCUAUUCGUUAUCGAUCGCCACAAAUACUUUGUCCGCCGUCAGUAGACUCGUACGAAACAUCUUCCAUGACCAAUUAUUCUCUCACACCGACUUCUCAGUAUGAAGAGAAACAAGAAGUUCGAUUUUCAUCGAAUUCGUCCGAUCAUAUCGAUACGAUACAACGCUAUGACCGACUACUAGAAAAGAUGCGCGCAACCGAUGAACAACUAAAACGUUUAUCACGAUCAUGGGCAGCUCAUACACCACUUAAAGUCCCUAAUCGAUCGAAUUUAACAGCAACGAAAUCAACGAAUAAUAAGGAAUUGAUUUCACCGAUGAUUUUUCAGGUGUGCCUCAUUAUUAUCGUGGUUUUCAAUCUACUUGCUGUUUAUUAUUUUAACGAAAUUAACAUUUUAUGGAAUCGCUUUGCUGCACAUCGAGAACUUCAUGAACAGUUGGAUGAGGAGAUGAGUACUUUUGAAUAG